GACAAUGAUAAUAAGUUUGAUUUUGAUUUUGAUUUUAAAUUGAUCUUUGAUAAUAAGUUUUCUCUUUUUAACCAAUAAGUUGGUUAUAGUGAUAUGAAGUGCGUAUUUGCGAUUUAGCUAGUCUGACAUCUUGCAAGAUUGUAUGUGAUUGCAAAAAAGAUUUUUGCAGUUAAUGAGAGUGGAAGAAGGCGAAAGAGCGACACUGGAUCUGGUUCAGUAGGUGUUUUAUUUUUAUUUGUUUGGAUUCAUGUGGUGCUUGUUAAGAUUAGCUGUUGAUUUUGUUUACGAAGAUAUCUUUCUUGUGUUUGGAUAUUCUCUAAUUUUAUAAUUUUGUUUCGAGAUCUUUUAAUAAAAAUCUCAGUAACGAUUGCCAUUGAGGAGGUUGUAGAAGUCCCCUUCGUGUUAUCGAGAAUGAUGUUAGCUCGUUGCCUUUCUUUGUUCACUAGCUUGCAAGAUUUGAAGAUCUUUUAGCACGGUUCUUUAAGGUAGUUUUAAAACUUUUGCAAUUCCGUACGGCAGCAUCUGCUGUAUUACCAUUGCUGCUCUUGUUAAUAUGGAUACAAAGAGUCUAGCAAGUGUUGUUGUUCCUGUUUCCAACGAUUUCACAAGUGGUCGCACCACAAAGGUAAAGAGGUCAUGUUUCCUUAGCCAGUUAUGUUAUUGAAGGAAGUUUAGACAAAUGACUUUUUCAUUCUGACAGUGGCACCUAUCAGAUUCGCUUGAAUUUAAUAUUUUUGUGUAUAGCUCACAAACCACUGUUAAGAAUAAAUUAUGGUUCUCACACUACUAGCAGGAAAUCCUAUUGACUUGUCCACCAUAAAGGGAUAUGAUUGGAAGCAGCGCAGAGUUCCCAAAUGGCAGGGAAAAUUCUUGUUAUUUGUCGAAAGAAGAAGAGAAAGAAUGUUUCGCCAGAUUUUCUUGGAAACCAAACGAAACUUAGUAGUUGUUUCAUUAUUUCAAGCACUUAUGAUGACCUUAUAACUCAGCACCGUUAGUUUUAAAUUUAAUUUUCUUACUCUUCAUUUAUUUAGUUUAAUUGGAACAAGCAAACAGUUGUGUAAAAAAACAAUCCCACAUAAGAAUAAUAUCAAAGAUGCUUUCCUCACAGCUCAAGUUUCCAUGUGCCAAAAAGCUCUCACACAGUCCCUAUAUAUACACUGAAUUCAUCCUUGCAAAAUCCACAACCAACACCAUUACCAUAAUGUCUUGUCUGCUGCAACUCUUGUCUUUUUUUCUCAUUAUCUCUUCAGCUACAUCAAUCCAAACCCCAAAGCAUUAUGUUGUAUACAUGGGAAGCUCAGCUGGUGAAACUGCAGAAUCAGAUCACCUGCAAUUACUGUCCACAGUAAUUCCAAGGGAGGAAAGAGAAAGGAUUUCAAUUACAAAUCAUUAUAAUCAUGCAUUGAGAGGAUUCUCUGCAAUGCUUACUGAUGAUGAAGCUUCUGAGUUGUCUGGAAGAGAUGGGGUGGUAUCGGUUUUUCCCGAUUCAAUUCUUCAAUUACAUACAACACGAUCGUGGGAUUUCUUAGACGACAACUCAAACCCUAAGUUAAAUCGUGGAUCAUAUCUGCAGCCUCAUAAAUCUAGUUAUGAUGUCAUUAUUGGCAUGAUCGAUACAGGAAUUUGGGCCGAGUCUCCAAGUUUCAAAGAUGAAGGAAUGGGAGAAAUACCUAAAAGAUGGAAAGGAGUUUGCAUGGAGGGACCAGACUUCAAAAAGUCUGAUUGUAACAGGAAGUUGAUAGGAGCAAGAUACUACAGUGUAAUGCAUGCAUCUAAUGGAAACAACACAACACAAAUAAGAGUUGACAAAUCUCCAAGGGACACUGUUGGCCAUGGAACUCACACUGCUUCUAUUGCAGCUGGUGCCUUAGUAGCCAACGCUAGUUACCAUGGCUUGGCUCAAGGUACUGCUAGGGGUGGUUCACCCCUUUUUAGGAUUGCAGCCUAUAAGGCAUGUUCCGAAGACGGUUGCCCCGGUUCCACCAUAUUAAAGGCAAUCGACGAUGCCGUUAAAGAUGGUGUCGAUAUCAUCUCCAUUUCUAUCGGAACGAGUGCUUUCCUCCAAUCUGACUUCUUGAAAGAUCCUAUUGCCAUUGGAGCAUUUCAUGCAGAACAAAUGGGGGUCAUGGUGGUCUGUUCAGGUGGCAAUGAAGGACCUGAUCCUUUCACUGUUAUAAAUGCAGCACCAUGGAUUUUCACUGUGGCAGCUUCUAAUAUUGAUAGGGAUUUUCAGUCGAAGGUGCUUUUAGGAAAUGGAAGAAUCUUUCAAGGGUCUGCCAUUAAUUUUUCGAACCUCACUCGAACCGAGACAUAUCCACUUGCAUAUGGAAAGGACAUUGCUGCUAAGUACAGUCCAAUACCAGAAGCAAGGAGUUGCUAUCCUGGAUCAUUAGAUCCGGAAAAGGUAAAAGGGAAGAUAAUUGUUUGUUUCGACGGUUUCCCUGUCGUGUCGAGGACAAUCAAGAAACUCGUAGCCGAAGAUGCCAAAGCUAAAGGAUUGAUUUUGAUCAAUGAAAAUGAUAAAAGUGCUCCAUUUGAUUCAGGACCAUUUCCAUUCACUGAAGUUGGAACUACUAUAGGAUAUAAAAUUCUCAAGUACAUCAACUCUAACAAGAACCCAUCUGCAACUAUUCUUCCUACAGUUGAAAUUCCAAGAAUUAAACCAGCACCAGUGGUAGCAUAUUUUUCAUCAAGAGGUCCUAGUGUACUAACAGAAAACAUUCUCAAGCCUGAUAUAAUGGCACCAGGAGUUGCCAUUUUAGCUGCAGUAACUCCAAAAGAUGAAGAAGAGAGUGCCUCAGAUGGCGAGAAACCGGGCGGAUAUGCCCUAAGAUCCGGAACAUCAAUGGCUUGUCCACAUGUAACAGGGGCUUCAGCAUUGGUUAAAUCAGUACAUCCUAAAUGGACUUCUUCCAUGAUCAGAUCGGCACUAAUGACAACUGCAACUGUGUAUGAUAACAUGAGGAAACCAUUGACGAACAGUUCGGCUUCUUUUGCCAUCCCACACGAGAUGGGAGUUGGAGAAAUAAGUCCAGUUAAAGCCCUUAAUCCGGGAUUAGUCUUCGAAACAACAACCGAAGAUUACCUUAGGUUCCUUUGUUAUAACGGAUCCCCAGAGAAAACGAUACGUUCCAUGUCGAAAACGAACUUCAAAUGUCCAACGAAAUCCUCUGAUGAUCUCAUUUCCAACAUCAAUUAUCCAUCAAUCUCCAUAAGUAAACUAGAAAAAAGCAAAGGGUUCUUAACUAUUAAAAGAAGUGUUACAAAUGUUGGACACCCAAAUGUGACAUAUACUUCCACUGCGCAAACUCCCAUGGGAAUGAAAGUGAAGGUUUUACCCAAAAAGAUUACAUUUUUAGAGAAUGUAAAGAGGGUUUCUUUCAAAGUGUUAUUUGAUGGCAGUGAGGCUUCAGGUGGGUAUAAUUUUGGAUAUAUAACAUGGUCUGCUGCUCAAUAUUCUGUUCGUAUGGUGUUCGCAGUGAAUGUUGAGUGAUAAAAUGAUACUGUAAGAAUAAUAAGAAAUAGAGAUUAAACAAGGUUUAUGAUGUUAGGAAAAGUGGUGGUGAUAUAUGUAGUUUGGUGAAAAUAUUCAUUUUGUAUUUCAAGUUUUGUAUGUGAUUCAUUCUUAUAUGAUUUCAAACAUGUAAGACAUUUCUUAUAGGGUUAACUAUACGAAAUAUUUAAAUAAAGGUUAAAUUUUAUUA